CGCGCGCGGAGCGGUCGCUUUUUUUCCCGUCGUGCCGUUUCGCGGGCGCCAAUCAGAAUUCGCGCGAGCGCGGCCGCGGCCGAGAAAAUGGCCAACGUCGUGUCGCUGGGUUCGAGCGUAUCUUUGCGCGUCGUUUUGUGAACCCCGUAGUCCGCAAUCACGUUGACGUCUGUCGCCAUUUCCUCGCGUGGAGGAGCCCGUUCGUUUAUUUUGCAAGCUAUGGCAGAAGGAAAUGGAGAGAUAAAAAUGGAAGAAAAACAAGAAAUGGAAAAUGUGGAACGGACAGAAGAUUUUAAUAAACUCAUGCAAUACGGGCUAGACGAGAAAGUGGCUGCCAAAUUGGAUGAAAUUUAUAAGACAGGGAAAUUGGCUCAUAUUGAUCUGGAUGAAAGAGCUCUUGAUGCCUUGAAGGAAUUUCCAGUUGACGGUGCGCUAAACGUGCUUACACAAUUUCUGGAAUCUAAUUUGGAGCAUGUAUCCAACAAAUCGGCAUACCUUUGUGGAGUAAUGAAGACGUAUAGACAGAAGAGUCGUGCUGGUCAAGGUACAGGCACUAGCACAACACCGAAGGCUCCAGAUGAAGACAAAAUCAAGUUGAUUCUGGAAAGAACAGGAUACCCUUUGGAUGUAACUACUGGACAAAGAAAAUAUGGUGGUCCUCCACCAAAUUGGGAGGGUCCAACUCCUGGUACUGGUUGUGAGGUAUUUUGUGGCAAAAUCCCAAAAGACAUGUAUGAAGACGAAUUAAUUCCGUUAUUUGAGAAAUGCGGAAAAAUUUGGGACUUGAGAUUGAUGAUGGAUCCCAUGUCAGGUUCCAAUAGAGGAUACGCAUUUAUCACAUUUACUAACAGGGAAGCUGCACAACAGGCUGUUCGAGAGCUCGAUAAUCACGAAAUAAAACCCGGCAAGAGUCUGAAAGUAAACAUUAGCGUUCCUAAUCUACGACUUUUCGUGGGGAACAUACCAAAGUCAAAAGGCAAAGAGGAGAUCUUGGAGGAAUUUGGUAAAUUAACAGCUGGCCUGACUGAGGUGAUUAUCUACAGCUCACCAGAUGACAAAAAGAAGAACAGAGGUUUUUGUUUUUUGGAAUACGAAUCUCACAAAGCAGCUUCCUUAGCCAAGCGAAGGUUGAGCACUGGACGUAUUAAAGUUUGGGGAUGUGAUAUUAUUGUCGAUUGGGCCGAUCCUCAAGAGGAACCAGACGAACAAACCAUGUCCAAAGUACGUGUACUUUACGUACGCAAUUUGACGCAAGAUUGUUCUGAAGAGAAGCUGAAGGAAAGCUUUGAACAGUAUGGUAAAAUUGAGCGAGUGAAAAAAAUCAAGGAUUAUGCUUUUAUACACUUUGAAGACAGAGAUAAUGCUGUUAAGGCAAUGAACGAAUUGAAUGGUAAAGAAAUGGGUGGAUCCCACAUAGAAGUUUCACUGGCAAAACCACCAUCCGAUAAGAAGAAGAAGGAAGAAAUGCUGCGCGCUAGGGAAAGACGAAUGAUGCAAAUGUUACAGGGUAGAGGCGGUGGAUCUCCGUCUCAUCCGAGCAUGAUGGGAGGACCAAUGCCAGUUCGUGGGCCCGCACAGGGACCUCGGGGCACCGGUGCAGGUAUGCGUGGACAGAUGGGACGAGGCGAUUAUGCUCUCCAGGAAAUAGAUUAUGAUUACGACUAUUACGGUUAUGGGGAUUAUCGAGGUGGCUACAGUGAUCCCUAUUACGAUGACUAUUAUCGAUACGAAGAUUACUAUUUCGAUUAUGCGCCGCCUCCGCCGCCUGCCAGAGGGAGAGGCAGGCAGCCUCAACCGGCUGGUCGUGGCCGUGGAGUAGUGCCACGUGGCCGAAUCGGUGGCCCGCAAGUCCGUGGGCCAGUCAGGGGGGGACGCAACCCCGCAGCUUCAGGGGCCCGUGGGGUCCAGCGACUGGCCGCUCGUGGGGGGGUCCGCGCCAAGGGAAGUUUACCAGGUGAGGAUGCAGGUAAACGAAAAUUUGACGGGGGUCACCAGAACCAGGGGGAAUCUAAGCGUCGCUUCCAGAGCAAUUGGGGAAACCAGCCCCUCGCCCAACAACCACUGGGCAAUGCAUAUGGAUUGGCGAGUGUAAAUGGUGGCAGUGGUGGUGGUGGCGGUGACAUAGCUUUUGGAGGUAGAGCCGGCACACUCGGCGGUGUUUCCGGCGACGAUCACGAAUGGUAUCAAGACUCUUAUCAGUCGUGGAGCUAACUUCUGCAAUCCUGUGAGUGAUGAAAAAAUACGCACGAACAAAUGCAUGAUAAAUGAAGUGAGAAACAGAAAACAUAAAAUAAGGGGAAAAAUAAGAUAAGAUCAGACUGCUACUAUGAAACAUAGAAAGAGAGGGGGGAGAGAGAGAGAGAAAGGAGGAGAGAUGGGAAGGGGGAAACAAGAUGAAGGGAAGGAAAGAGAUCAUCCAUUUGUAUUAUUAUCGCUCUUAAUCGAAUUCAAAUAAUUGUAAAUGUUUUUCAUAUUAAUGAUACGCAGCAACUGUGUUCUGCGCCACCACCAUCGCCCGCUGUUGUUGUGAUUAUGUACAGUGAUGUGCCACUGAGACUAAUUAUUAUAUCGGAGUGUGACCACCCACCCACCCCGUACUAUUAUUAUUAUUAUUAUUAUUAUGAUAAUACUAAUCUAAGUACCACUACUGCAUUGUCACAUUGUUUACUGCCAAGUGAUGAAGAUCAGCGAUGUUGACAUAGGGAUUGUGAUGGCUUGUUUAGUUAAGAGAACUCAUGGAAGCCUGCGGUUUAUUACGCGAUGACUAGAUGUUUUGAAUCUAUGUGACGAAGCAUGUGUGUUAGAUAGGUCGAAGAACGAAAUAAAUAACGUGGGAGAAAAACAGAAAAAAGUUACAAACGAAAGAUAGAAAUUGAAGAGAUGGAAGUCCAACUUUGAGAAAGCAGAAAUAGGCGUGUAGACAAGCAGAAGGCGCAGGGCGAGAAUGCGAUAUUUAGUGAAUAUGCGAGAGAGAGAGAGAGAGAGA